AUGGUCCAGAGGAAGAUCUGGAAGGCAUUGUGGGAGCUGCAGAUGGACAAUAUCAUCGAUUUGGAUAUAUUGGAGGAGCCUUCACUUUGUUUCAGUUCUCUUAAUACAUCGUGUUUGAAGACUGAUUAUCCUCUGGAAGUCCGGGUUUUGCUCUACAUCGUCUUUAGCACUUCUUCUCUUAUUACUGUGAUCGGAAACCUGCUUGUGAUCAUAACUGUCGUACAUUUCAGACAAUUACGCACAUCAACUAAUUACCUCAUUCUCUCUCUGGCUGUUGCUGAUCUGCUUGUAGGAGGAAUGGUGAUGCCUCCUAGCAUGAUACGCUCUGUGGAAACUUGCUGGUAUUUAGGAAGCACCUUUUAUCGAUAUUACGCUGUAUGUCAUCCGUUUCUGUAUUACAGUAAAAUGACUCCGACUACCAUUAGAUUCAUGAUCUUAGUGUGCUGGAGCAUUUCUGUUUCUGUUGGGUUCGGGAUGAUAUUUCUGGAACUUAAUAUUCUUGGAAAUGAAGAGUUUUAUUAUAAUAACUUUGUGUGUGAAGGCGCCUGCAUGGUGUUCCAAGCCAAAGUAGGAGCUGUGGUAUUUUCUAUGCUUUGUUUUUACAUCCCUGCAGUAAUCAUGCUAUGUGUGUAUAUGAAAAUCCUCCACACUGCACAAAGACAAGCUCGUGCAAUUCAAUCCACGAAUGCACAGACGAAGACAGCCGAGGAAAAAUCCGGUAUGAGCAAGUCAGAAAGGAAGGCCACAAAAACUUUAGCCAUAAUCGUGGGAGUUUUUCUGACCUCCUGGGUGCCGUUUUUUAUCUGCAACUGUAUCGAUCCAUUUACAGGAUAUUCAGUUCCUCCGAUUCUGUUUGAUGUUUUCCUUUGGGUCGGGUAUUUCAAUUCAACGUGUAAUCCGAUAGUGUAUGCAUUUUUCUACAGCUGGUUCAGACAUGCUUUCAGAGUCAUUCUUUCUGGGGGAAUAUUUCAAGUCAAUUCGUCACACACUCGAUUGUUUUGA